AUGACACCAACUAAACUAUCAAUACUUUUCUUGGCAAUCACGCUAUAUUCUGGCUCCGUGUCGGCGCAAGAUACAUGCAGCCUUUGUCCCUUUGGAGAGAAUCCAGGUUUCCCAGACAAAAUAAUUCCAGGACGUGGGAGAACCUGCGACGAAAGCUCCUUCCUUAAUAUCCCUGAAGAUUCUGAAGAAUGCAGUCAGUUUCGCAAAACAGCAUCCUGGUGUGGCUGUCCGAGUGCACCACAAGAAUGCUUCCUGUGUGAAAAAGGAGACUCGUCUCCAACUCCUGACCUACGAUCGCCCUUAUUCCCAGAUACAUCAUGCCUUGACUAUGAAUUUUUGGCGUCGCAACUUUCUGCAGAAGAAUGCCCUAGCUUGCAACAAAGAGCUGGGUCCUUUGAUGUUUCAUCAUUCUGCUCGUGUGAAGCUACGGAGGCACCCAAAGUAUGUGAGCUUUGUCCUAAUGGAGUACUAGUGAACCCCACAGGAAAGAGUGUCGUGCCAGGCUACACAUGUGAAGAAGUUGACCAAGGCUUGCUUCAAUUCUUUUCCGAGCAAUCAUUGUGUAUGGAGUUUCGCCAAGUACUACUUGCCAACAACCUUUGCGAGUGCGUUGGGAGUACAGAUUAUCCAACAGCAGCUCCCACCAUCGAACCUACAGGAGCACCAACCAAGGGACCAAAAACAAAACAGCCCCAACCCACAGAUGCCCCAUCAGAUCCACCAAUACAAGCGGUAUCAUCAGCGCCAACCCCUGAAGACGGCUCGAAACAGGCAGCGACGGGAUCACCAACUGCUUCUCAUCCGACGUUGUCCCCGACACGAGGUUCCUUACCCCCUGUUGCACAACCAUCUUCACCGACGUUGUCCCCUACAAGAGGCACGUUAUCACCUGUUUCGGAACCAUCUCUUACAACGUUGUCCCCUACACGAGAUACUCUAUCACCUGUUUCGGAACCAUCUCCGACGACGUUGUCGCCAAUCACACCAGACACUUCAGCUGCCAAAGGACCCACAUCUGCACCUAGUACAAGAAGAUCAUACAAGGGUAGCUUCAAGGGUACCUUCACGAGUGCUCCUUCAUCAGCGCCCAUUGAAGCUGUACAAUCCGUAGUGUCUACAAAAGGCAAAGGGUCCAAUGGCUCGAUCAAGACUACUUCCAAGUCAACAAAGAAAGAGUCCAAGAAAUUUGGCGAAAAGGGAAUUGAGAAAAAGCUGAAGAUCAAGAGUAAAAGUAAAAGUAAAAGUAAAAGCGAAAGCAACGAAAGCAACGAUAGCAACGAAAGCAACGAAAGCAAAGAAAGCAGCAUUCGAUAA